AUGUUAAUGAAUAUAUGGUCCGAAAUUCCCUUUUCUGUUUUGGUUAAUGGGAGCUCUUGCGGGAAGUUCACUAGUGAGAAAGGCCUUCCUCAAGAAGACCCACUUUCUCCUUUUAUUUUUCUGAUUGUUUCGGAGGUCUUAAAUAUCAUGUUUUCUAAAGCUCUGGUGGCUGGAAAGUUAGGCGGUUUCAAGGCUAAAGAAGGAGGAACUUCUAUUAGUCAUCUACAAUUUGCAGAUGACACUUUGGUCUUUCUUGAUGCCGACUUAGAGCAGGUGCGUUACCUAAAAUAUCUUUUGCUUUCGUUUGAGUAUGCUUCAGGCCUUAGUACCAAUUUCAAUAAAUGCAAUCUGUUUGUCGUGGGAGAAGUGGUUAAUCUGGAUGAUAUGGCUGCUAUUUUGGGUUGUUCUUGCGAUUCUUUUCCUUCCAUUUAUCUUGGCAUGCCUCUUGGUGAUCAAACUUUAUCUAAGUCAAAAUGGGAUAGGAUUGUGGAAAUAUGCAAGUCUAGACUUGCUUCUUGGAAGAGAAGCUCUCUCUCGAAGGCAGGAAAGCUUACGUUGAUUAAGAGCGUUCUUCUUAGCUUACCUAUAUAUUAUUUUUCUCUUUUCUUAGCUCCUAAGUAUGUGGUGAAUCAAAUUGAGAAGACAAUCCGUGAUUUUUCUCGCAUAGCUCCUCGGAGAAAAAGAGUUCUCACUGGGUUCGUUGGCCCAAGUCUUCCUACUAAUAGUGUGAUAUUUCCCAAGAAGAAAAUUUGGUCUCGUGCUUGGCCUCAUAAGGUUCUCCAAUGA